AUGGCUAGAGGACCAAAGAAGCAUCUAAAGCGUCUCGCAGCUCCAUCCCACUGGAUGCUUGACAAGUUGUCGGGUACUUAUGCCCCAAGACCAUCCCCAGGUCCUCACAAGUUGCGUGAGUCCCUGCCAUUGAUUGUGUUCUUGAGAAACCGUCUUAAGUAUGCUUUGAACGGUCGUGAGGUCAAGGCCAUUUUGAUGCAGAGACACGUCCAGGUCGACGGUAAAGUCAGAACCGAUGCUACAUUCCCAGCUGGUUUCAUGGACGUCAUCACUUUGGAGGCCACCAACGAAAACUUCAGAUUGGUCUACGACGUCAAGGGUAGAUUUGCUGUCCACAGAAUCACCGACGAGGAGGCCACUUACAAGUUGGGUAAGGUUAAGAAGGUGCAAUUAGGAAAGAAGGGUAUCCCAUACUUGGUCACCCACGACGGUAGAACCAUCAGAUACCCUGACCCAGAUAUCAAGGUUAACGACUCUAUCAAGAUUGACCUGGCUACCGGAAAGAUUUUGGACUUUGUUAAGUUUGAUGUUGGUAAGUUAGUCAUGGUUACCGGUGGUCGUAACUUGGGAAGAGUCGGUGUCAUUACCCACCGUGAAAAGCACGAGGGUGGUUUCGACUUGGUUCACAUCAAGGAUGCUCUGGAAAACCAGUUCGUUACUAGAUUGUCCAACGUUUUCAUCAUUGGUGAAGCUAACGCCCCAAUCAUCUCCCUUCCAAAGGGUAAGGGUAUCAAGUUGUCCAUUGCUGAGGAGCGUGACCAGAGACGUCAACAACAGGGUCUGGAUGUUGAGGCCGAAGAAGAGGUUGAGGAAGAGGCUGACGUUGAUUCUGAAGUUGAUUUUGAGUAA